AUGACCAAGGAAGUCUUCGUCAAGCUGGUUAUGGACACACAUUUUACUGGACUGGCUACCCGACAAGAGAAACGGGAUCAUGUUGUCAGUCUUUCCUUGUCCGGCCGCACCAGGAAAAUGCUCGGCACAGAACCCCGCGACAUCAAUCCAGAUCUUGCGUCACAUGGACAAUUUAAACCCACGUGA